AUGUCAGAAUCAGCGUCGUCAAAUCCCGAUUCCGCCACACCUGAAAGCCUCACAGGCUCCACUCAGGACUCCAACGCUGAAGAGCCUGUGACCUUCGAGUCCCUAGGUGUAUGCCCUGAGCUCUGCAAGGCAUGUGACGUCCUACAAUGGAAGCAUCCCUCCAAGAUCCAGGAGGAGACAAUUCCCUAUGCUUUACAAGGAAGGGACCUCAUCGCCCUGGCAGAGACAGGCAGUGGGAAAACCGGAGCGUUCGCUAUUCCUAUAAUCCAGAAGCUUCUCGAUGCGGCUCCUCAUCGGAAACUAACCUGGGCCUGCGUACUCGCCCCCACUCGAGAGCUCUGCGUGCAGACUGGCCAGCAGUUCGAAGGUCUUGGUGCCAGCAUUAACCUCACUACUGCCACCAUCGUUGGUGGUCUCGACAUGGUCACACAGGUGAGGACCAUUGGGCUGAAA